UCCAAAGUCAGUUGCUAAUCUUGCACCGAGCGACACGCACAUCAUCCGUGCAUUAGAGCGCACAGUUUGAGUACUUUCAAUUACGGUAAACGUUCACGAUCGCUGGCAAUUGUUGUGUGGCUGAAAGUGUAGCAGCAAACAGCAAACCAAAAAAAACACAGAACAGAAAUCGAUCAGCAGCGUGAUCGUGAAAAAUCUAAUUAUUCGUGAGAAAGUGAGUCUGAUCUUCAAUUCUAUUGGCAGCAACACAUCGUGAAGACCGAGAACGGUUCGUGAAAUUUUAGUCCCGGGGAUGUGGAGUACCGAUUUUGUGCGCGGAGUGGUUCGGCAUUAAUCGGCCAAACCAAGUUAUGCAAUGAACUGUGAAUGUGACCGGCCAAUUUCCAUUUGUGAUUACGAGGUCGUCGCCAGUCUCUAGUCAUUUUGAGCGGUGAAACCGAAAGUCGUUCACUAAAAAUCCCAUACCUUCGCUGAAGUUUCGUUUAUGUGCACAACUGCACUCUCGAUCGUGCUCCUUGGGAAGAUUCACAAUCAUACCUAUAUUUGCCUGCUGUUUGUUGUUGGCUUGAAUAAGAAACGAUCAUCAUCAUCAUCAGCCACGAUCAGAAGAGCUCAAGUACGCGAGCAUUAGCCGUCCGUCAUUCAGAAAACUGCCAGCCAAAGCAAUAUAUGUACGUUGCCGCAGUUUUAAGUGAAGACAGAAAUGGAUGCCGAUGUACACAACGUCUUCAGCGCGAGUUGAUCCUCAUUCGGAUAGUUUUCAUAGAUAGCAAAGGAAGCGCAAAUAUAUACAAAAAAACAGACACAUUUGCUUACAUUUCUAGUCAAAACACAUCCCACGUGAUCACGUUACUAGCGCAAAUUCAUUCUGUACAUACUGGAAAGCACAGCAAUAUAACCUUCAAGUUCUGAACCAUGCGGAGAAAUUUGAAAAUAUUUUUAAUACUAGCAAUAUCAUGGAUUCUGGUAGCAGUUUACUAUUUCGAAGGUAGUUAUAAAAGCAGAAAUCGAGCACUACGUCUACGAGACCAGCAGUCAGCCGCUGUAACCCAGCAGCAAAGCUCGGAAGGUUGGUCCCAGCUGCAACGCCAGUAUAGUCCGUCUACAUCUCCCAAGCAGAACUUGGUGUCUAAUUCACUGUUGUUGCUUUCGUCACCUCGACAUUCGUGGGAUUACUUUGACGAAUUCAGCUACAUACAGAAGGGAAGUCUACAGCAAGGCGAAGAUCCAUACCUACGGAAUCGAUUCAAUCAACAGGCUAGCGAUACUUUAAAAAGUAAUCGUGAGCUUCCCGACACCAGAAAUCCCAUGUGUAGGAAGAAAUGGCCGACAGAUCUACCGGCCACCAGUGUAAUAAUAACUUUCCACAACGAAGCUCGUAGCACACUGUUACGUACGAUUGUUAGUGUUUUGAAUCGGUCUCCCGAACAUCUCAUACAUGAAAUCAUCCUGGUGGAUGACUAUUCGGAUUUUCCCGAGGAUGGCCAAGAACUGGCAAAAAUACAAAAAGUGAAAGUGAUAAGGAAUGAGAAACGAGAAGGGUUAGUACGAUCACGGGUUAGAGGGGCUGAUGCGGCAACGUCUUCCGUAUUGACUUUCCUAGAUAGUCACUGUGAGUGCAAUGUAGAUUGGUUAGAACCACUUUUGAUGCGCGUCAAAGAAGAUCCGACCCGCGUGGUAUGCCCUGUGAUAGAUGUCAUCAGCAUGGACACAUUUCAGUAUAUUGGUGCUUCGGCAGAUCUUCGUGGUGGUUUUGACUGGAAUUUGGUAUUCAAAUGGGAGUACUUAAGUAGUUCCGAACGGCACGAGCGCCAGAAAGAUCCGACAACUCCUAUAAGGACACCGAUGAUCGCUGGCGGGUUAUUUGUGAUAGAUAAGACGUAUUUCGAAAAGUUAGGGAAAUAUGAUACUCAAAUGGACAUAUGGGGUGGUGAAAACCUUGAGAUUAGCUUCCGUGUUUGGCAAUGCGGUGGAACUUUAGAGAUUAUACCAUGCAGUAGAGUAGGACAUGUAUUCCGUAAACGACAUCCGUACACAUUCCCUGGGGGUGGAAGUGGCAAUAUAUUUGCGAAAAACACAAGAAGAGCCGCUGAAGUAUGGAUGGAUGACUACAAACAGUACUAUUAUGCAGCUGUACCAUUGGCGAAAAAUAUCCCAUUCGGAAAUAUCGACGAACGCUUAAAGUUGAAAGAAAAUUUAAAAUGUAAAUCCUUCAAAUGGUAUUUAGACAACGUUUACCCACAACUUACAAUACCUGAACAACAGACCAAAGGAAGUUUCAGGCAAGGGCCAUUCUGUAUGGAUACCCUUGGCCAUCUAGUUGAUGGUGUUGUUGGACUUUAUCACUGUCAUGACAGCGGAGGCAAUCAAGAUUGGUCGUUCACCAAAAAGGGACAAAUCAAACACUUAGAUCUUUGUCUGACGCUUUUAAACUUCUCAAUCAGAUCACGCUUUAAUCCUAUUGUUCUCAAGUACUGUGACGAAUCGGCUAAUCAACAGUGGCACAAAAGAGAGGGUGGACUGAUACAGCACAGCAAGAUAAAUUUCUGUCUUGAUUCACGUUACAUAAAAGAAAAAGGUAUAACAGCUGAAAGAUGUAACUCGGCGCUCGAAUCUCAACACUGGAGGUUUCUCACGAAGUAAAACAAAAAAUGAACAAGCCAGAAUGAUAGGACACAACUAAAUUCCUUCAAUGUGUUUCUAAUUAUUACUGUUUAGCUACCAAAUGUUGAUACUAUAGAGAAGAUAAGCUAGUAACAAAUACUUAAUGAUCAAUUAAUAUAUACGUUGACAGUGCAUUCAAGCACCCACGGAAAUCAUCGUGAUUGUACAUUCCAAAUAAAUAUAAUUUUUAUUACCAUCCAUGUAAUAAAGAUUUUGAAAAUAUGA